ACAGAUAAAUUAUGAAACGCUUAUAAAUAUUUGCGAUUUAUUGUUUAUCUAUGACAUUUACUCCACUUCGCUGGGAAGCCCAUCCGUAUUUUGAUUUCAAGCAAUUUCAAGUGUCUUAUUUUAUUUAAUUUUAGUAAUUUAAUAUAAUAGCUUGCUUUAUUUACAUAUUUGAAUAUGACUUGGGGCUUUGUAACGUGUGGCCCUAACGAGGCACUAGUUGUUUCAGGAUGCUGUUACUCCAAGCCACUUCUUGUUCCUGGUGGGCGUGCUUUUGUAUGGCCAGCUAUACAGCGUGUCCAGAAAAUAUCACUCAAUACAAUGACACUUCAAGUUGAGUCACCGACUGUCUACACUAGUCAAGGGGUGCCAAUUUCAGUCACCGGAAUAGCACAGGUGAAGAUUCAAGGUCAGAAUGCUGAAAUGCUGCUCUCAGCUUGCGAACAAUUUCUUGGCAAAUCCGAGCAAGAGAUUCAACAUAUAGCCCUCGUAACACUCGAAGGUCACCAGCGCGCUAUUAUGGGAUCUAUGACUGUGGAAGAAAUUUACAAAGAUAGAAAGAUAUUCUCUAAAAAAGUGUUUGAAGUGGCAUCCAGUGAUCUGAUCAAUAUGGGAAUUACAGUUGUGUCGUAUACAUUGAAAGACAUCAGGGAUGAAGAGGGUUACUUAAAAGCGCUGGGUAUGGCGAGAACUGCGGAGGUGAAACGAGACGCUCGUAUCGGUGAGGCUGAAGCCCAAGCUGAGGCUAAGAUAAAAGAAGCAAUGGCGGAAGAACAACGGAUGGCGGCUCGCUUCCUCAACGACACUGAGAUAGCUAAGGCUCAACGAGAUUUCGAAUUGAAAAAAGCCGCUUACGAUGUUGAAGUACAAACUAAAAAGGCUGAAGCUGAAAUGGCAUACGAACUGCAAGCGGCUAAAACGAAGCAACGCAUCAAAGAGGAACAAAUGCAAAUAGCAGUUGUUGAACGCACCCAAGAGAUUAAUGUUCAAAAGUGGGAGGUACAGAGACGAGAAAAGGAAUUAGAGGCAACUGUGCGCAGACCUGCGGAGGCAGAGAAGUUUAAACUGGAAAAAUUGGCUGAAGCUCAUCGUUUGAAGACUGUUCUUGAGGCUGAAGCAGAAGCUGAGGCGGUGAAAGUUCGCGGAGAGGCUGAAGCAUAUGCCAUUAAAGCUAAGGCAGCAGCGGAUGCAGAACAAAUGGCUAAAAAGGCUGAGGCGUGGAAGGAGUACGGCUCAGCAGCUAUGGUUGAUAUGAUGCUGGAGACAUUACCAAAGGUUGCAGCUGAGGUGGCAGCUCCACUUUCUCAGGCUCGUAAGGUGACUAUGGUAUCUUGCGGAGGUGGUGAAGUGGGUGCAGCUAAACUGACAGGCGAAGUCCUCACCAUCGUCCAAUGUAUACCGGAGCUGGUGAAAGGAGUCACCGGAGUUGAUAUCUCCAAGGCCAAGGCGCUGUCGGAGCACACGCCCACGCCCACGGCGCGGGGCGACUCCGCGCGCAAACUGCGAUAACUGAAGUGGAUAACUAGACAAAUGCUCAUUGAGGGUCUUCGCGCCGUCUAACUUCACAGUAAAGGUUUCAGUAUCUUCAUUCGGUUACCUGCAUGUUUUUAUAACUCGAUAUUAGUUUUGUGUGUCAAAAUAUCGACUUAUACUUUAGUUUAUAAAGCCGUGGCCAUUUAUAUGUUGAUUUUUAAUUGCCGUCGAAUUUACGCAACAAUGUUUUUAUAUGACGUUAUUAAUGUAGAAAGCUCCAUAAAUCGACACCGCCAACACUAGUUUUUGAUUACAUAUAGUCGAAUAGCUCGGAUACGUUUAAGUCAACAAGGUGCUUGUAGAACUUCAUUGUGUAAGUUUUUGGUUCGUGGGCUCUUUGAUCUCUGUAUAAUGCAAUUUGUGAAUUCCCUCCAUUUUUUAUAAUCGAUUUUAUUAGGUUUAGAAUCUUAAUCUAGGUCAUCUGUAGCUCUUUUUGUUUAAUAUCUACUAUACAAUGUUUGCUUAAUGUAAUGAUAUAGUGAAAAGAUUUAUUUUUAACGAGUAAAUCUUAAAACAACGAAAUGAAUUUAUCUAUCUCCUGUACUUGAGUGGAAAAUUUUACAUUUAUUAGAUACUAGCUAAUUAAAUAAACCAAAUUAAGUGUUCU